AUGAUUGUUGGCAACAUGAAUUCCAAACUUCCAGCUAUGUCUCCAGUCAUGGUUACAACCAUCUAUAUACAGAUUUCUGGUUCAGUAUGUCUACGUUUGGUACAAGUGACAAAACAGCUGAUCAGGGUUCGAAAACUCGCUUACCACUUUCUCUGUUAUUUUUGUGGAAUGUUUAGCCUGUUUGGCAUGUUUCUCACUUCUAAAGCUUUUGGUACAUCCGUACAUGUGAAGGACUAUCUUCGUGAGAUCUUCCUUGUUGUAGCACUUGUUGUGGCCUUUGCCAACCUUGUGCUGAAAGACAAGAUUAUUGUUUAUGAUCUGGCUGAUCAACGGAUUGGAUGGGCUAAUUACGACUGUUCACUUUCAGUAAAUGUGUCUGCUACUACAAGCACGGGUAAAAGUGAAUUUGUUAAUGCGGGGCAGCUUGCUGGCAGCAGUUCAUCACGAAACGCUCUUUACAAGCUGAUACCAAGCUGCAUUCUGGCUUUCUUGCUGCAUAUAUCAGUGUUUGGCAGUAUCUCGUUUUUGUAA